CUCGGCUCUUUUUCCCCGUCUGUGCGCCAGCUCUUGACGUAACCCAUAUUCCCUCCACAAUCCCAUGCCAUCCUGAUCUCUCCCUGUUCCUGCUUAUCCAAACCCAAUUGAACCCUCUCAACAUGUCAUGACACGACCAAAAUGCUUCCAGAACCAACACUCACACUAACCCUCCCCAGCAUCCACGAUGGCAUCACCCUCGACUGUCGAAUCUAUCACCCGCUCUCACUGUCCGCGAACCCGAAAGCUCCAACAUGGCUGAAACAUGCUGCUGUCGUGGCUCAUCCUUAUGCGCCCAUGGGAGGAUGCUAUGAUGAUCCUGUGGUUGGAGAAGCAGCUGCGCAGUUACUACGGAAGGGGUUUUUGGUAGGGACUUUUAACUUUCGAGGUGCGCAUGGAUCUGCGGGACGGACUUCAUGGACUGCGAAACCUGAACGAGACGAUUAUGCCACCGUUGUCGCUUUUGUUCUACACUACGUCCACGACCUCGAUCCCUUCCGAGAGCAUAUCGAUAAUACUCUCCACAGCGAACCCUCGACGCCGACAAUGUUAGAAGCGCCGAUUAGUUUAGACGCAGCUGUCACUUCAGCUCCUCGGCCACGACCCGUUUUACUCAUGGGCGGCUACUCCUAUGGCGCAAUGAUCGUAACGCAAAUACCCCCCCUCGAUGCAAUUCUCCAACCAUUCAUAUCACCCAUCGCAGGCUCUGACGCCGCAGAAGUUCGACUACGAGCUGCACAUCUUGCUGAACAGCAGAAUAUUGUGCUUGCGAGUGCCCGCGCCGCAAUGAUGGAGGGGUCAGCGCGGGGGAGGAGUAAGCGAGGUGUAAGAAUCGGAGGUGAUGAGGGUGGGAGUCCACGACGAAGUCAUUCUAGUGCAAGGAGGAGCUUUUCUUUGGAUGAUGAGAGGUUUAGACGAGGUGUUCACGAUUUUAUUGCCAAGGCGAGAGCGGGAAGACAUUCACGGAAUGUUUCGCAGAAUCAGAAUCCACCUACAACGGUCAUACCGCCUGAGCCGGGAGAACAUCUCCCCAGGAUUACGGAUCUCACUAUGCCGAGACCUGCUUACCUCAUGAUCUCACCUCCCCAAGGCGUGGUCACACAUCUGGCGACUAUGUCUCUCCUCCCUUCAGCAUUGGUGAAGAACAAAGAUCCACAGGAUGUAGCAGCGGAGGAAAAGCUGUUGCGAAAUCCGUCACUUGUGAUUUACGGAGAUGAAGAUGGGUUUGCGCCUGUGGGGAGAUUUAGGAGUUGGAAGGCGAAAAUGGAAGGGAAGAUGGGAUCGCAAUUUCGAGGGACAGAGAUUGAGACGGCGGGACAUUUUUGGGUGGAGGAGGGGGUUUUGGAACAGUUGAGGGAGAGGGUUGGGGGGUUUGCUGAUGAGUUACUUGCGGGAUAGGAGGUUUAUAUGGGCGUUUUCUUGGGAUGAUGGAGUAAUGUGUUACUGGACUUCACGGAUAGGUUGAAUUGAUGGCUGGUAUAUGGCAAAGGAUGGGCCAGAAACGAGUAAUGAAUGCAGAGAAAAUAUUUCACUUGGAGCUGGUUCCUGGAGAGAUCGCUGAUGAACACAAUGAUAGGCAAGUCAAUAUGGUGAGUUGAUCCAUGAAUUUAUAUAUCGCAAUUAU